UGAUUGGUCGGCGAGGAGCGGCUCUCUUUUCCUCGCUGCCUGCCUGAGCGUCUGCCGCCAUCAUGAAUGACACGGUAACUAUCCGGACCAGGAAGUUCAUGACCAACCGACUACUCCAGCGGAAACAGAUGGUCAUUGAUGUCCUUCACCCUGGGAAGGCAACAGUACCUAAGACAGAAAUUCGAGAAAAACUAGCCAAGAUGUACAAGACCACACCAGAUGUCAUCUUUGUGUUUGGAUUCAGAACCCAUUUUGGUGGUGGAAAGACUACUGGCUUCGGCAUGAUUUAUGAUUCCUUGGAUUAUGCAAAGAAAAAUGAACCUAAACACAGACUUGCAAGACACGGCCUGUAUGAGAAGAAAAAGACCUCAAGGAAACAGCGCAAGGAGCGCAAGAACAGAAUGAAGAAAGUCAGGGGGACUGCAAAGGCCAACGUUGGUGCAGGCAAGAAGAAAUGAAGUGCCUAGCAGGUACUGAGAUUGUGAGCACGGUGUGGUGCAGCGUCUGCACUCAGUUUGCUUUGAUGCUUUGCAUGUUGGCUUUGGAUGAUAGAGUUUUCUAGUGUGGUCUGUUACAAUGCCAAUGCUGUGUGUUAAAGUCAUGUAUUAUGACCAAAUUAGAAAAGUCUUUAAUCACUUACUUCAGAAAUACAAUAAUGCAUGCUAUGUUGUGAAAUGACCUGGUAGAGGAAAGUGAUUGGGAGCCCUACCACAUGGGCACUUUUCAGCUUACCCUUGGGAAAUGCUGUGUCCAGCAGAACUACAGAACCCGGACGACUUGUUGGCAAAGCAGCUUUAGUUACUGCUGGCCUUGGGCAAAGCGCUGCUCACGUAGUACUGAGCAGGCCCUUCCCCUCGGGGAGCCGUGUCUCUUUGCCUCAUCAGUUCCGGCACCGUUGGUAACGUACUGGUCCCUGAAAUCUGGUAAAGUGCCUCUCUGUUUUGGUAGUAUCCACUCAAAGCCUUUUACCAUUUAUUACUUACCGAGUCUCCGACAUUCCAUCUGCUGUCUUUUUUUAAUUGGAAUAUUUUGGAGACACUGUAAAUUCCCAUCAAAGCCUUUGGAUGCACUUCUGUCCACGAGCGUUUGGUCAGAAUGGUGCACUGCCCCGUUGCAAACACAUUUUGCUCGUUUGAACAGCCAGACGUAAGUGGGCAGAGCAGUGUGACAGCGGUGGGGUCACUGCCCCUGUGCUUCUUUUACAGUGACUUCCUUCCAGACAAGACCGUUAAACCUGGUGUUGCCUGCCUGGGACUGUAACCAAGCGACUUCCCAGGGACACGGAGUUAGUAAUGGAACUCCUCACUGCUUAUAUCUGCUUCCUUUUUGUUGAUGCAGGUUCUAGAGCUUGAGAAAAGGUUCAUUCAGAAUGUGUCCUUUCACCUGUUCUGAAGGACAUGUAACACAUUGGUUCUCCCCAUUCAGCCUUCAAGUCCAGUGUGUCGGUAGGACCGGAGCCAUUGUGUCCCGCUUCAGGUUUGCACCCGUGCACUUCCCGCGCUGCUCUUAGAGGCCGCUGGGAAUGAGCGCACAAUGAGCGCAGGCACUCGGCCUCACAAAGCCAGGUGGCAGGAGUGACUUGUUUUGUGUUUUUUAAAUUCAGCCUUGAUCAGACCUUAGAGUUGGUAUUUACUCAUAUCUUUUGGGUGCAGUAGAGUUUUUUUAAACUAAGGAAUAAGCCUUAUACUGGAAGAGCAGUUUUUACUUCAGCCGAUUUUUGUCUCCUUGAAUCCUAAUUUGCUGCGAGUGGUGACUUUCAAAGUACUGAACUGAGACAGCCUUUAAAAGACUUCUCCUGGUCAUGUAGAGCUCUCCCAUUUAGAGUCAGUUAGGCCUUGGCCUGUGAUGAUUCCCAAGUCUGUGGGUGGUGUUAGCACCCAGCACCAUGUUGCUGGCCGGAGCAGAGGACCUGGAGGAGGCUCGGGUCCCCCCACUUUAUCUGCACCGAGGCAGCGCAGCUGAGAUAGGCACAGCCAUUGGCAUAAGGAUCUCUUCAUUGUGAAAUCAUCACGCCACCCUGUUUGCAUAAGAGCCACAAUAAUCGGGCAAGAUGUUCUCAGAAUUGGGAGGAAUAAAAGCACUGAGGAGAAAUGUGUUUACCUGUCAGUGGAAUGCUCUAUACAAUUGCGGGGGAGAAAACGGCCAUCUGUAGAGGUCUGAUUGUGUGCACUUAACGCAGACUGUUUGGGAUUUGAAAGGAGACUAUUAAUGCCAUGUUUCUUUCUCCUCUUCCCUCGUCCCGUCCCUGCCACUGGUGGUUCAGUGAGCUGGAGAUUGGAUAACAG